UUUUAAAUUGGAUGAGUUAAUGCUCUAGUGGGUGAUGUUAGGCUCAUAGAUUGUAUAAGCCAGCCUCUCCCUUUAAAUAUUCGUACUUAAGCUACUUCUUUACUUAUUAUACAUUUUGUUAUAUAUUUGUAAGAGCAGAGAAAUAGAACAUAUGAAGAGUAGCAGCAGCUUGGCUUAGGGAUCAAGAAAAUGAGCACAGCAAGAUUUAUCAAGUGUGUGACUGUGGGAGAUGGGGCUGUAGGAAAGACAUGCAUGCUCAUUUCCUAUACUAGCAACACCUUUCCAACGGACUACGUUCCUACAGUGUUCGACAACUUCAGUGCUAAUGUGGUGGUAGAUGGUAGUACAGUGAAUAUUGGAUUGUGGGAUACUGCAGGGCAAGAAGACUAUAACAGGCUAAGGCCACUGAGUUACAGAGGAGCUGAUGUGUUUUUACUGGCCUUCUCUCUCAUUAGCAAGGCCAGUUACGAGAACAUCUAUAAAAAGUGGAUACCUGAGCUAAGGCAUUAUGCUCCAAAUGUGCCAAUUGUGCUUGUAGGAACCAAGCUUGAUUUGCGAGAAGACAAGCAAUACAUAAUCGAUCAUCCUGGAGCAACAACAAUAACAACAGCUCAGGGUGAAGAAUUGAAGAAAAUGAUCGGUGCUGUAAUUUACAUAGAAUGCAGUUCCAAAACACAACAGAAUGUGAAGACUGUGUUUGAUGCUGCAAUAAAGGUUGCUUUGCGGCCACCAAAACCAAAAAAGAAACCGCGCAAGCAAAGAACAUGUGCUUUCCUCUAGUCCCUUUCAAUUUCAUGCCAUGAAUUUGCUUUACUAAAUUUUUCAAAGGAAUACAGUCAAUUUUUAUUGAAUUACUUAUUUUACAAGGGAGUUCCCUUUGGAGCUAUGUAACAUCCACAGGGAGGACUUCAAUGCCUAAAGUUGUAAUAUGAGUUUUGUACAUCAGUUCAAUUUUGUUCCCUUUUUUUUUCCUUUUUCCUGUAACCAUUGGCUAGAUUGUUCUGCAUAAGCUAUAAAUCUAUUGCUCAUGCCUUGCCAUGAGAAAAGGGUUGAUAUGAUUCA